AUGCGCAGCAAGCGGAAAGCAUCGCAAGUGUUUACAACAGCGUCACCCACCAAGCGAAGAGAGAAUUGGAACCACAACUACGUCGUCACCUCCAGCGACGAAGAGGACACAAGCACAGAGGAGAUCGAAGACGAGCCUUCGGACGAAGAGACCUUAUUCGCCAACUUGGACAACGCCAGUGAAUUUGCGAUACAGGUUUGGGAGGAGAAGAAGAAGAAGAAGAGGAGGGAAGCACAGCUUGUUUCCGAGUGUUCCUCGGUCCAACCACCUUCAUCGCAAUCGCAAUCGCAACCGCAUAGCGCUGUCUCACACCAGUACGCUGAAACUCCUCAACGAGAGCCUGUAUUGCAACAAAACUUGGACUCUCCGUUGUUUGUUCCGCUCGACUCUGUGUCGCAAGCGCAAUCCCAAAACACCAACGGACCCCCACCAUCAAACUUAACUACUCGGAGCGCAAGUCAACCAACAAAUACAAAGGCCCCAACCAGGGGAAAUUGUGAUAACGUGUUUGAGUACUAUCCGAGAGCGCCUAUUCUGUCGGAAUACUGCCUCCCCGGUGAAUUUGAAGAGCAGUGCGAAGCAACUACUGGUACAGUGCUCACACCGGGGACCCGGAACUCGAACCUGACGGAGGAAAUUUCCGAUCGUCUUGCGAUAUUUCGACAGACCACAGCUGCGCAGGCUACUCUUCGAUCAGAGAUCCCGGAAACCCCCUCUAUCCCAUUUGCCGCAUCACAGAGCCAAAUUCCGCGGGCAGGUCCUCGAUUUCCCACAUUUGGCUCUCAACAAUCGGCUGGCCCAACCCAACUCCCAUUUAGCAAUAUCUCUCUAGAUUACCUAUCCAAUCCGCAUACAUCGACAGGAAGCCCGAACCCUGCUUCUAGUACUAAUCCUGACCCCCGACCUGUGUAUCCCCCCUCCAUACAUACAACUUCUGUGCCAGAAUCCGCUCCCGCGAACACAUCACCGCAUUUGAAUACUCUAUCUUCGACUACAUAUACCCUACACAUAUCCAGCAACACUUUCGGCCUCUCUCAACUCGCACCCGCGCGACAACCAUCCGCAACACGGAGGUUGCCGUCUUCAGAUAGUCUAUCUCGUCUUUCCCAGCGUCCCAUCGGAGAUACAGGCUUCCUAUCGAUCGCCAGCACUCCAAAUAAAGGCUCCGCACCCAUUCAUCUGCCGCGCAUAUCUGGUACCAUGGAUGAUCAAACCCAGAAAGAUGAAGGGGGUUCCCUAGCCCAAGCAAUGGAGAAAUAUAGCCACAUGGAAGGUUCAACACCGCGAGAAAAGAUAAUGAAUUUGCAUGCUAGGUUCCGCGAGAAGAGCGCAUUUGAGCCCAUGCAAAAUGACCCCAGUGCAACUCCGUCGUCUGUGGGGGAUAUCGAAGCUUCUGAGCCGCCUUCCAUACCCGAAACAGUGGCGCCCCUCAGCGUUAGGGUGGACAAGGAGCCCCCACACGCAGACCUUACCAAAGAAUCAGUGCCCGAAACAUCUCUUGACGAGGCAGAGCCCCAGGAACAUGAGCAUGAUAACAUCCAGACCAUUCACCCCAGCGCGUUAUCAAUAAGCCACACAGAAGAGAAAUCUCCAGGAUCUCUCCAUCUUGGCCCUUCCGAGUUUGCUGUGCCCCUCCCUAUGGAUUCACGAGUAAAGGACGACUAUGAACGAAUACUUUUGACUGAUUCGGAAAAUGCUCUGGGGCUCAUUGGCGCUGACAGGCCACCGGGAGACGAAGGAUCUGAGCAGGAACGUGUUAUAUCCUUGAUGCAGCAAGUACUGGAACGACUGAGCAACGCGGCGACCCAUCCUGAUAUAAAUGUCGCACAACAUAUGAAAGAUGCCGAAUCGAAACUUGAACAGGAAGCUGCUUGGGCAGAAUAUUCAAGUGCAAAAUUCUUGCUGCUAAGCUACCUUAUCAAAGCAGCGGGUGACCAUGAUAUCCAUUUGGUAAUAAUGAUCCGUGGCGAAAAAACGCAUAGGGUUCUUGAACACUAUCUUGAAGGCAAAGGAUUCGAAUACACACGCCCACGAGAGGAGAUGGGCAGCGGUACCAAUGCGGAAGUUUCUAUGGUAAAGGGUUCUCUAAGUUUUGGGGUCCAAACAGCCAGGAGUGAGAGUAUCGUGGAAACGUAUAAAGCUCCGUCAGCAUUGAUUGCGCUCGACUCCUCAUUAAAUAUUAAGAACCCCUCUGUGGAACAUAUGCGCACGACAUUUGCUCGCAAUGGACACCUGCUACCGGUUAUUCGACUCAUGGUCGCUAACUCAAGUGAGCACGUUGAACUAUGUUUUCCGGGUCCUUCAACAACCGAACACCUUUCUAUGCUCAUCCAGUAUUCCCUAGAACUUCGCGACAUAGUGGGGGAUCUUCAGGAUGAUGCCCUAGGUGUACACGAAGAUGCUAACGAAAUCAUGACAUGUCUGCUUUCUGACAAUUUCGAUGCAUUUUGGUCGCUACCUCCAGUUGAGCCUCUGCGCGAAGCGCACUUGGAUGAACCCUCCCAAUCCGAAACGCCCAUCCAAUCUGACGGUGAAAAUGCCCAACCCGCUAACCCACAGGCCCAAAAACGCUUGUUUGCUGAGGAGUCCAUUGAACCCAGCUCUAAAAAGCCAAGAAUGGAGGACUCUCAAGAUACGAGUCAAUUCACCGACAGUUCGAAGGGAGCAUCACAAACGUUGGAAAGCCAAAUACAGUUUUUGGAGAAGAGCAUGGUGCAAAAGAAAAGUGAGGAUGCGGCUGCCCUUGAGACGCUCCAGAAAGCGUUAGCUGCAGCCGAGUCUCGCCUACAAGAGAGAGAGAAAAUCCUCGGAUCGCUGCAGCAUCGCUAUGAAUCCCGAACAAAUGAUCUACAUAAGAUUCGACAGGAACGUGACCGUUUGCUUGAGACCAAGUCAGCAUCCGAACAACGAGUGGAGAAACAGAAAGAAGAUAUCACAAAGCUGAAGGACGAACGUAGUCAACUGAAGCUGGACUUGGAACAAGCACGGGAGACCCUUAAGAAUGGCGGAGGUGAUAUGGCUGAAUUGGAAAAGGCAAGGGAGGAAGUUCGCCGUCUUACCAAAGCGAAUGAAAGCUUAGAGCGAAAAGCCGACUUCGCCAACAAGCAGGCCGAAUACACCCGAGAGCAAUACCAAACUGCCUCCAACGUCGCCGCCCAGUCUGGGAACGAACUCCGCCAGCUCAAGGAAGAAAACGAGGAGCUCACUCGCAAGGUUGCUGGUGAAGCAUCCCGGUUACGAGAAAUGAACCUAAAGAACGAUGAGAACCACCACCUAUCCCGUAUCGCAGAACUAGAAGCACAACUGUCAUCGCGCGAGUAUCUGCUUCACAAGAAAGAAGAUGAGCUCCGCGAAAUCCGCAAAAACCGCCCAUCCACUCGCUCAACGAGCACACAACCAAGAAGUCCAAAAUUAAGUGCGGGAAAUCACAGCCGCCCAACAAGCCCGGGGCUGAAUAACAAUGGCUCAAACUUCCCGGGUCGUGGUAGCGCGCUUAGAUUUAGCUCUGAGAUGUCUCUAUGA